CGACGGUUUCAUUAGGAAAAACCAGAUCAUCCAGCCGCGAUAGAGGCAGUAUAGUCGAGGAUGAUGUCGCGGUAUACCGGUCGUUCCCUCGUUUUCAUUGUACUUCGUCUAUGUUUCGUCGUCGCAGUCGCCCACGCGAUCUAUGAUCCCAAAGAAACGACAACAAAACCGCCAAAACGAAGAGAACCAGUGCUUCCUUGGUAUUCACCUGGUCCAGUCGAUUCCAACGAAGAUCUAUCACGUUCUGCAAAAUGGCAAGUGGAUUCAGAUUACCCGAUUCCUCGAAAACCGUACGUAAUAGAGGCUGGGACGAAAACUUGGAGCCCCUGGAAAAAGAACAAGGGAAGUGAGAUCGAGCAGAGAACAGAGAUCACGAGUGAUUCUCAAAGCACGACAAAUUUUGAGCAAGAUGACGAUCUUUCUUCGAAGUACAAUAAUCAACAGAAAAAUGAACAAAUAGGGAUAAAAGAUGAAAAAUAUUACGAAGGAGUACCUGCUGACAGCACGAAACCUCGCGAAGAGAAAAUUCUUGUUUCAACGGAAACGAAAUGGACAGUGGCUCGAUAUGACUCGAAGCAUGGCGUUCAAUGUCCGGAAUUCGAUUCGACUGGACAAUUCGUAUAUCCCCCGGAUUGCAAAUUUUUCGUGAACUGUUGGAAAGGCAGAGCUUUCGUUCAAGCAUGUGCUCCUGGUACACUCUUCAAUCCAAACACGUUGGAAUGCGAUUUUCCGCAAAAAGUGAAGUGCUAUGGGGAGGAAAUUAACAAUUAUUAUAAUUUUCCAACGAUCGAGCAUUUAGAUUCUUCUAGGCUGCAGGAGCCAAAAUGUCCGCCUCAUGUAACAGGAUUGAUAGCACAUCCCUCGGAUUGUACAAAAUUUUUACAAUGUGCCAAUGGAGGAACGCACAUAAUGGACUGUGGUCCUGGCACCGUGUUCAAUCCUGCUGUUAUGGUUUGUGAUUGGCCACGCAAUGUAAAGGGUUGCGAAGAUGCUUUGAAAUCUGAAGAAGAGACGACAAAACCAUUGGUUCCUCCUGAUUACGAGGAUCACGAUGAAAGAUUGCGAUAUGAAAAGCCUCAACCAAAGAAAAUUACCUGUCCCGACGAUUACACAGGAUUGUUACCGCAUCCAGAAACAUGUAAAAAAUUCCUUCAAUGCGCGAAUGGUGGAACAUUUAUCAUGGACUGCGGCCCUGGUACUGCUUUCAAUCCUACCAUCUCUGUCUGUGAUUGGCCAUAUAAUGUCCCUGGUUGCAAGGAAGAUAAGCAGCAACCGGUCGAUACUUCCUUCAAACCUGGGCCAUCUCACGGUUCCUCCGAUUCGAGAACUUGGCAUCAUUCUCACAAAUACAAUCACACGUCACAAGGAACGGUUUGGGAUCCUUUGAAACCGACAUGGAGGCCAAUCUUGAAGAAGCCAACCGCUUGGCCGUCCUAUUCUCCAACUAAUUGGGAUAGAUCGGAUUCAAGUCCUCCACAGCCACAAUGGCCUCAUCAUCACGAGUCAAGUGAUCGAAAUUAUAACGAUAGAUUCCAUCAUUAUCACCAUCACCAUUUUCAUUCACCAACGCAUGAUCCCAAAGACACUGAAACGCAGCAACCUGUUCCUCCGUUCCAUCAACCGCAUCCUCAAACAUCUGGAAACCAGGGAGCCGAAAAUUGGCAUUUCAAUCAUGGACACCAUCACGAACAUCAUCAUUAUUAUCACGGUAGGCCUCAAGAUAGGCCUCAAGAUAUUGUUCCUAGUAAUCCUUGGACAGCCGAAGAAACCGAUCAACAGUCUACCUUUGACACGAGAAAAGAUCACGAAGGUACUUUGAAUCAAGGAUUCGAUCAUCGUGGUACUCAAGAUAGGCCGGAAACUGUUCCUACUAAUACUUGGACAAUGGAAGAAACUGGUCAGCAGGCUCAAAAGCCCACUUUUGACAUGAAAAAGGAUACUUUUAACGAGGAAUUCGAUCAUAGAGAUACUCAAGAUAGGCCGGAAACUGUACCUAGUCAUACUUGGACGGUCGAAGAAACUGGACAACAAGCGCAAAGACCUACUUUUAGUGAAUUGGGCAAAGGCAAUGUUCCAUGGAAUGAAGAUAGUAAUCAAGAAUCCGCGUCUAAUAGACAGGAGAGGAUGGGUCCUGGAUUUUCGCAGACAGGAUCUGAUGAAACUUCGAUUUAUGCUAAUCGUAAUUAUCAACCAGUGGAUAACUCGAGAUCCGACACGCAGAUUGUAGGGAACAGAAGAAUUUGGAAUCAAACCAGAUUGACGGGAAAUGGUUUCAAUAAUUGGAAUCAACAGGGACGAGGACAAAUGCCAAAUCGACAUUGGGAUCAAGAUCCUGUUAACAAGGAUGACAAAUUCCGUGAAGGAAAAUUUAGACCUAAUAUUUAUCAAAGUACAGCUGAUAGACAAGCAGAUUCUAAGUUAGAUACGUGGGCAUCGAAAACGAACAUUUUUCAGCAUUUUAAAGGCCUAUUUGGACCAGGAAUAAAAAAUACAGCAUUUAAUUCAACGAAGCUUAAUCCAAAUGGUACAAGAGGUCAUUUUAUCACAAAAGAAAUCGAAGUGAAUCAAGGCCACUCGAAAACGAGAACUUAUAGACCGAACGAUCUUUCGGGUCUGAAUGAAUUCAACAAAAGUGAUAAAAGUGAUAAAAAUAUCUAUAUCGAUUCCCAAACAAACAUCGAUAACAUACCACUUACGGUUCUUCAACCACCACCCAUUAGUUCUAACAAUCAUCCUUCUGGCUCCAACAAUAUCCUACGAAAUACGAAUAAUUCUUUUGGUGGACAUCGAACUCAAAGGUAUCAUUGGAUACAUAACUCUUCUACGAAUUCUGGAAAUUUGGCACCCUCUGGCGGUAAUUAUAACAAUCGUGUAUUCGUGCCGUCACUGGAACUUCAACCACCAUAUCCAUCCCUUAACAAAUCUCUGGCUCUGCCAUUUUUAUUAAAUUUCUCAGGAGGCAACAAUUAUUCUUCAAUACCAUCCCCCAAUUUGCAACCACCAGACAACCACCAAUCUACAAAUAACUUUUCUAUCGGUUGGCAAUUGCCGGGUGUCUCAAUCGAACGCGAGUUGCCAACUUACGAGAAUCGAAACAAUCGUACCAAUUUUCAACCCCUGAGUCAAUUGACUCCUCCGGUUUUCGAAUCGAACGUCACUGACCGAUAUCCAAACGUUCCAUCGACAAAUCUCGAACCACCUGACCAAGAAUUCAAUAAUUUCUUCAACGAAUCCGUCGUCAACAACACGACACGAAAGAUUCCGCCUUUGACAAUUCCAUCAAGGAAAAGAUUCGUCAACAUCACCACCGAAAACAGUGAAAUUUCGACGACCGAUCCAAACGUGCCUACCGUGUGGAUAGAUUACGAAAACUCUUCGACGAUCGGGCAUCUGGACAUCGUCGAGCCUGCGUCCGAGGAAUCUGAACCCGUGGAAUCUGUGGAACUGUUGAACGACAAGAAAGAGUGGAAACCUGUAUUGGUUUUUAAAAAUGUAACUGAAACGACCACGAAAGCUUCUGUUAUCAUGAAGAUCAAUAAGAAGAACGUGGAUGUAGAUCUUUUCAAUGUAGACGCUGCCCCUUUCGCGAAAGAGGAGCCACCAUUUCCAUCGUACUAUAUACCACCAGUGGAACCAUUAGAUCAUUCCAAGAAGACUGCUAUGCCAACACCAAUUUCCGGUCAGGUGAUUCGACUUAGAGGAGGGUCUGGACCUCACGAUGGAUACGUAGAAGUUCAAGGCACGAAUCCCGGAUGGGGAAUCGUUUGUGACUCGAGAAAUGGUUGGACCUUAAAAGAAGCACAUGUCGUAUGCAAACAACUUGGAUAUACCAGGGGCGCCGAGAUGGCUUGGCAAGGGAGAAAUGGUCGAAAUGGCAUGCCAACUUGGAUAGCCGCAAAUUCUGUCUCGUGUCAAGGCGACGAGGAUAAAUUUCAAUCGUGCAAAUUCACACACGUGCAAGAGUGUCGAGUGGAAAGGGACGCGAUUGGAGUAAGAUGCGCGCUAAAUCGGGUCGCCAACUGUCGCAAGGAUGAAGUACCAUACGAAGGACAAUGUUAUCAUUUGGCGGAGGCUGAGAGCGGCUUGAAUCAUCAAGAAGCUUUGGAUUAUUGCAAGAAUAAGGAUUCGAGACUCUUAGAUAUCACGAACCAGGAGGAAAACAAUUUCAUCUCUGAAUGGUUGGUUCAAGAGCAACCAGAAAUCGCCUCGAUCAUGACUUCCGGUGUUGGUUUCACCACCAUGGGUCAUAGCUUGUGGAUCUGGGAAGAUUCUUCCCGUGCGAAAUUUAGGUUUACCAAAUGGUGGCCAGGUUGGAUGGAAGAUAAUAAACAACCUCCGUCCGUGGGUAUCCGCCCACGUUGUAUCGUAAUGAAGAGGAAAUUUCCAUGCCACGAAAGACCAGACUCGAUUUGCGUUGCUGAUUACUUCUUCUGGGAAGCUGAAGACUGUGCGUCCUCCAAUAAAGGCCACUCUUUCAUUUGCAAAAGGCCUUAUGACGACAUCGGUUGUAUUUAUGGAAAGGGAAGUCAAUACGCCGGAAACGCGAGUGUAUCAGCUUCGGGGAAAGAUUGUUUAUCAUGGGGAGACGAGAAAGUCGCUUAUCCACUUGAAAUAAAUGUUGUUAAUCGAGAAAUAAGAGAAAAAUUGAAAAACCACAAUUACUGCAGAAAUCCGAAUCCGAACAGAGAGAACAGACCAUGGUGUUUCACAGGACCACGUGCAGAACGUGAACAUUGUGAUAUUCCACCUUGUGGAAAUAUAGGUACUCAAAGGCGUUCGGUGAGUCAAUGCAAACCUAAGCAUUUCGAAUGUUUACCAGGAGAAUGUAUUCCAUCGCCAUGGGUUUGCGAUGAAGAAGAGGAUUGUACGAACGGAGCGGACGAGAGAGAUUGCGUCUCGCACAUGUACCUCUUCAAAAAAUACUCGAAGCAAAAAUUAGAGGGAUAUGACGUUGAAAAGUGGUUGAACACACCGCUGAAGACGUGUGCUCUCAGAUGCAAAGAGGCUGAUUUCACUUGUCGAUCUUUUGCACAUAAAGCUAUAGAAAAUAUUUGUCUUCUGAGCGACAGUAAUAUAGGAAUGACAGGAAAGUUGAAACCCAGCACGGAAUUCGAUUAUUACGAGAUGAAGGACAGGAGCAUGAACUGCGAAGGAAUGUUCGUUUGUGAAAAUCAGAAGUGCAUAAAUCAAAGCCAAGUGUGCAAUGGAAAAAAUGAUUGCCACGAUCGGAGCGACGAGAGUAUUUGCACUGUACAAAAUUUGGAUUACGAGAUUCGGCUGGCUGGUUCAGAUUAUGAUAACGAAGGAAGAGUUGAAGUCAAGAUUUUGGGAAUUUGGGGACAAGUGUGCGACGAUGGUUUCGGAAUGAUCGAUGCCGAUGUAAUUUGCAAAGAGCUUGAUUUCGUUCUUGGCGCUUUGGAAGUGAAACCAGGAGGGUUUUAUGGAAAUAUGGAUCCAUCGACAAGAUUUAUGGUCGAUCAAUUAAGAUGUCGAGGAAACGAAACUUCCUUACGCGAAUGCGACUUUGAAGGUUGGGGUGUUCAUGAUUGUCAACCAGAAGAAGCUGUAGGUAUCGUUUGCAAGACUGCAGUCAAUACUUGUCCAGACGGCCAAUGGAAGUGUGACAACAGCCCGAUGUGUAUUUCAACUGCAUUUAUAUGCGACGAGGUUGUCGAUUGCAAAGACGGUUCAGACGAGAGCCCCGAACAUUGCAAUGCACCGUUCGAGAUACGUUUGUCAAAUGGAAAUACGCCUUACGAGGGAAGGGUCGAAGUUCGUCAUCAUGGCGUGUGGGGUACCGUUUGUGACGAUGAUUUCUCGAAUGCAGCUGCUACGGUGAUUUGCAGGUCUUUAGGAUUCGGUGGGCGUGCUCUGGCAAAGAAAGAUGGAUAUUUUGGACCAGGAAAGGGCCCGAUAUGGCUCGAUGAAGUUUUCUGCUAUGGAAACGAGACUCAGCUGAAUCGAUGCGAACACAAUCAUUGGGGUGAGCAUAAUUGCAAUCACGAAGAGGACGCAGGUGUGAUUUGUACACCUGGAGAUGUUAACGAUUCCAAGUUCAACUGGGAUAUUGCACCGGCUAUACCGGAGAAGAACAUCAAUGAUAUACUUCCGACCAAUUGCGGCAGACGAUUCAAAGAUUUCAAUGAGGACGAGGAUCUCAUAUUUCAAAAAGUGGUGCAAGGUAACAUUGCACCCAAGGGCUCCUAUCCAUGGCAGGCCAGUAUUCGCGUACGAGGAUACAGCAAAUCAAAUCAUUGGUGUGGGGCAGUGAUUAUUUCUCCUUUGCAUGUGCUCACCGCUGCACACUGUUUAGAAGGUUACAAUAAGAAAACUUAUUUCGUUCGCGCUGGUGAUUAUAAUACGGAAAUAGACGAAGGGACAGAGAUCGAGGCCAAUAUCGAGGAUUAUUACAUUCACGAAGAAUUCCGUAAAGGCCAUCGAAUGAACAACGAUAUAGCACUCGUAUUGUUAAAAGGACGAGGAAUACCUCUUGGAAAGAAUGUUAUGCCAAUUUGCCUGCCAUCCGAGAGAAUCGAGUAUCCAGCAGGUCUUAAUUGCACCAUCAGUGGAUUUGGCAGUAUCGAGACUGGAAAAUCAACUCAUUCCAAAGAUCUAAGAUACGGUUGGAUACCGUUAUUAGAUCAGUCCGUGUGUCGUGCCGGACAUGUUUAUGGCGAGCGUGCAAUCAGUGAUGGAAUGGUCUGCGCCGGAUAUCUUGAUGAAGGUAUUGACACCUGUGACGGAGAUUCUGGAGGUCCAUUGGUGUGCUUGCACAAUGGUGCUUUCACGUUGUACGGCCUUACCAGUUGGGGACAACAUUGUGGAAGAGCCAAUAAACCUGGUGUUUAUGUCCGAGUUUCUUACUAUCGGCAAUGGAUCGAUAAGAAAAUAAAAAUUUCCCUCGAAGGGAAAUAAAAAAUAUUUUUCUAAAAUCGUGAUAUCGAUUUUAUUGCAAAUAAUGACGUUUAUGACGUACAAAUUUUUUAUUACUUAUUACAGAUUAAGUCAUAGUUUAACAUGCAGUUAUUUUAAAAUCAUAUUUUUCUAUAUAUAAAGUCAUUAGAUUGGAUUAUGGAUAUUUAUGCGUUCAUGGAAAAUUUAACUUUUUAAGUAAUUAAUAAGUAGAUAAUAUAAUAAUAUAUACAGAAUAUAAAAUAAUAAUAUAACAUGACAUGAUGAUAAAGUCUCGUAUCAUUUAUGAAAUGGCUUUUCAUGAUGAGCUAUAAAGUUUAAGGAGUUAAAAAUGUAAAAAUGUACAAACUGUACAUAUAAGGAAUGUAUAAAAUAUCCAAAGUAAAGUACUCGGUAUAAUACUUAAUAGGUGAAACAAAUUUUUAUGUAAGUGCUAUUUGCUUAGUUAUGUUCCUAAAAUAUUCCAUAAAUAUCCACAGUCUAGUUAUUACCUGGAUAAUCAUCAUUACUAUUGAAGUGUUGUUAGUUAUUUAAUGAAUAUAGCAUGUUUAAUAAAGAAUUUUUACAAUUAUUUGAUUAUAAUUUUAGUGGUUACUUUAUUGGUAAGAAAAAAAGGAUUGAGAUGAAAAGUUAACUUACCUUUGCAAAUUCAACGAAAAUUAAUGAGUACAAUUUCAAAGAACACACCUUGAAGAAACGUCCAUUAAUUUGUAGUUUAUUUCGUAAGACAUCAUCGUUUCUACAAUAAUUGUAAUUGUUGUCUUGUCGCUGUUACAUGUUUGAGCCUAUUUAUGUACAAUAGUCCCAACAUACUCGAUCGGAUGAAAACGAAAAUCGCUGUGAACGGAAAUUUUCGACACUUUUUUUUUCUUCUUAUAAUAAAAAUCGACGUACAAACGAUGCGACGAAGAUAAUAAAAGAAAGAAAAAAUGGGAAAUGACAAUUAUUGUAAUCUACGACGUUGCAAAAAUUUGUAUGACAUUAGUACGAAAUCGUUGUACAUAAUCUAUUCGGGUUACAACAAUCGACAACUGGGGCCAUCCGUAAACAACUUUUGUUAUAUUGACUUAAGUUGCAAAGUUGACUUAUAUUGCAAAGUUGGCAGUUAUUCGGUUAUAUGGAUUUUCUCCUUGUUUCAAAAACUCUUUGUACGCUAAAAAUUGUUAAAUUGUUUGUGAAAAAAAGGAUUGAAUGAUAAAAUAUUAUAAAAAAAUUGGAAAAUUUAUAACAAAAAAUAUAUUUGUCGUUUUUGAUUGAUUUGAUUGAGCACAAGUACUUUUUUUGUAAGCAAUGUAUAAUGAAUAUUAAAAAAAAAUAUAAAUGUAUUAAAUAAUAAAAUGUAAAAAGAAAUAUUUCUCGAAAACAUGUUUCUGUUAUUGUGCCAAUUGUGCGAUUUUUAUAUGUAAUUUUUUAUAUUAUUAUGCACAAUACUCAUUACAUAUGAGCAAGUAUAAAAUAUGAGCAGAUAUAAAAA